AGGAUGUACAGUUUGGUAGUACUGGUAUUAUUAAUACUAUUAGACAGUAUGUGUAUGUAUUGGUAGUAUUGUAUGUUUGUGUGAAGUGUUGGUGGCAUUGGUGUAGAAAUGGCUGCAAAUCCGCGUAAAUUCAGUGAAAAGAUUGCUUUACAUAACCAGAAACAGGCCGAAGAAACGGCUGCCUUCGAGCAGAUCAUGAGGGAAGUGAUCGGCGCCACAAGAGGGCCCACCUAUCCUAAGAGCCAACAACAUCUGCAUAUAUCCUCAUCCAUGGUCUGCAGGGCUGGAUCUCUACCUAAUGUCAACCAAAUCGGACAAAGUGUUAAUAAAUCGGGUAUUGAUUUACAGUCGGCGCUCAAUAACUUGGAGGAUAUGAAACACGGGAGGGAUGACCGCAGCGGUCGGCGAAACGUAAGACUAUUGCGACAUCGAGUAGGUGUGAGCCGUAGUAAUGCCUGUCUGUCUGUCUGUCCACAGUUCGACCACAAGCGAGCCAUGAAUUCCCCGAAUUGUGUCACUUAUCUGAGUCCUCCUCCGGACACGAAUUGGCGCCGAACUAACUCCGACUCAGCCCUACAUCAGAGCGCACUCAUGUCGACGAGUCAGCAGUUGGAGGCCUUCCAGAACUCAAUUCCCCGAAGAAGUACUGUUCACGACGUGGACAGUUCGAUGAUUGUGGACGACUCGGCCGCUGUCAUCGACUCGUGGGAUCCGGGAAAGCAGGACAGGUAUGAGAAGUAUAUACUCAACGCUCCACUGCCAGACCACUCGCGACCCAAGUCUUGUGAAGUGCCCGGUAUUAUGAUAUGUCCGACUCAGGAGGACUACAAUUCAAUGAACAAUCAUUUACCACAUAUUCCCAUCUCUUCGAACACCGGCUCUUUGCCAGACCUGACAAGUCUUCACUUCCCGGCGCCGCUCUCAACACCCAUUGAUGUUGACGAUCAGAGCGCCGGCAUUCAGCCCAACUCUCCCUACCAGAGCGGUCCCGACUCGCCUUAUUCUCCUCAUUCGCCGCACAGUAAUGCAAAUCUGUCGCCACCGCCACCGAUGGCUAUCCAACAAAUCAAUAACAAUAUGUUAUAUCAAUCGCAUUCCGGUGCCGUCAGCGACGCCGUUGCUAUCAAUAACUCGAAUCACCGACAGAUGAGCCCAUCUCCCGGUCCAUCGCCAUCGCCGACAUCAUCGCGUCGUCGCCAUCACCACAAUAUCAAUAACUUAGUGAUCGGUAAUCCUCGACAUCAACAUCAUUCAAGUGGUCCGCACUCGCAAACAGUAGGUUAUGCUCACAGUCCGCCACGGAUUACAGUAGAGGGUUUGACAAUGGAUACGAGUGCUCUUACACUCAAUGGUAACUCACAUUAUGUGACUUCCUCUGGAGGGCCAGGUAUGGCCUAUCCUUCAACAGAGCAAUACCAGAGUAUACAACAUCAGAGCCAAAACUUUGUGCCAUCAGUGCCAUCACAUACGCCGCCAAAACCACAAAACCCCUUAUCAUUACGACAACCGAACUCUCCUUUGCAGCCUAUGCCCAUGGGAUUGCAUAGAAGCACAACCCCGUCAGACCACUCAUGCAGUGCACCGGCCUCUCCAGUGUCUCAUAUCUCUCCAAUAAGCUCUCCCGGUUUGCCGACCAAUAAUCUUAGCAAAAGUCCGUUUACCGACAACUCAUACUUCAAUGUACAACAAACAAGUGUUUUGCAGCAACAGUUGGAACAGUUCCGUAUGGUUUCAGACAAAUCCAAUGAUCCCAACGAUCACUAUCUUAUGAUGCCAGGAAAUGGAACCGUUCACUCAUCGAGCAGUAGUGCGAGUUCGAGCACCGGUGGCUUAUACAUGGGCGCCGGUGCUAUGCCAACCUCCUCCCGGGGUCUUAAUGAGAGUGGUGUUAUGAACGACUAUUCCUCGCAACAUAUAUCUCAAACACUCGCCAAUACCUGUGCGAACAGUCACCACAGUUACAGCCAACCAAACACUAUAUACUACACCUCAUCGGCGAGUUCGGUGCCAUUGGUUCAGUCGCCGACUCACGCCUAUUCCAAGUCCGUGAUCUCAUCGGCCAAUCAAUACCAACAUUCAAAUCAACCGCAAGCGCCACAAACCCCCACCAGUAUUCCCGACAUCAUCCUCACAGGGCCCAAUUUAGACGACCCGCUGUUGAGGGGAACAGACUUUGCUAAAGACAUCGGCACAGCGAUGGCGAGUAUGUCUGGUAUGUCGGGUUCGUUCGACUCGGAUCUGUUUCCAUCUGCAGAUGAGGCGAUGAGGGCUGGUUUGGAUCCCAUAGACUUCGAUGGACUGCAAAUAUUGCCGGACAUCGACCCCAAUAAUGAGGAGGCGUUCCGAUUAGAGCGCUCUUAACUUUUAAUCGUUUAAUGGCUUUGAUUUGGAGUCGUAUUUGUUGUCUCUUUAAACAAAAUUUAAGUAUAAAUAUAAUUAUAAUACAAUAUAAUGUCUUUUGUAAGACUUAUUUUGCAUCUCUUAUGCCAACCAAUCAUUAAUCUUUUGUUUAAACCUUUUUGUCUGAAAUACUUUUUAUUUGUAAAUAACUUAAUCUUUAGUUGAAUUUAAUUUUUUUGUAAAUAUCGAUACGAAUCUGUUUUUGUACAGUCGUUAAAAGAAUAAGUUUUUUAUAAUUAUUAUAUCUAUUGUUUCGAAAGCCA